AUGGGGAAUACAAAUCAUAAGAUGUUUCCAUUAAUUACUUUGUUGGAUCAACACAACUAUGUUCUAUGGAAAUCUCAAGUUAUUUUUCUUAUAGAAGUAUGUGGUCUCAUAAAACAUAUUAAUGGAGAAGAAAAUCCUCCACCAACGGUAAUUAUGAUCACCGACAAAGAUGAGAUAACAACAACAAUCGAGAAUCCGGAAUUUAAAGAAUGGAGGAUUCAAGAUUCAAAAGUUCUAGGUUGGUUAAUCUCAACUCUUACUGGAAAACUUUUCUCACAAGUCACUGUAGAUGUUAAUAAUACGGCAAGAAAAUUUUGGGAAACUCUAGAAAAAAAAUUCUCUAGUCAAACUACAGCUCGGUUAAUGCAAUUGAGACUUCAAAUCCAAACUUUCAAAAAAGAUAACUUGAGUGUUCAAGAAUAUCUUCACACAAUGGAAUCAAUAGCUUACGCAUUGGCUACGGUUGGCCAUAAAGUUACGGAUCUUGAUCUAGUUCUUUAUAUUCUUGGAGGCUUGGGAUCCGAAUUUGAAUCAAUCGUUGUCGCGGUCUCCUCAAAUCAAGAACCCGUAAGCAUCAACAAACUUACCGAACUUCUUUUUACACAUGAGAAAGACCUUUUUUCACGUUCAAUAGAAGAACUUACUGCCAACGUCGCAUAUGGAAGAAAUCAACAAGGGAAUCAGAACAAUCGCCAAAAUGGUGAUCGUAGUUCUUCAUGUUCAUAUUCAUCACUUUCUUCCUUACAUGCAAUCAAAUCUAAUAGCUGGAAUGGAUUAGACAAUGGGUCUUCUAAUGAUGUUGGAAAAUUUUCAAACAAAAUUGGUCCAAACGCAAAUCGCAAUAAGUUUGGACAUACUACCGCCAACUAUCGAACUCAGAUUUCUAAUAAAAAUAGGCAUCAACCGAUAAAUUGUAAUCAGUGUUAUAAUGAAAAACAGUCACCUUCAAUAACUAUGAUGACUUCUCCUCCUACAAUGUCAAAUCCAGCGUACCCCGACUCUGAUGCUUCGGAUCACGUUACAUCAGAUUUAGAUUUUUUUAUCCAUAUCUGUGUUGUGUAUGAAGAAAUAACGAGUGGAAAAAGUUCAAAAGGGUCAACUUUGGGUCGGUAUUCAUCGUACGAGUCUAGUAGUAGUUCUUAUGGAUAUUCUUACACACAACCACCUCAUGAAAGGGGUUACGGUGGCUGGCCUCAAGAACCAAGAAGAAGAAUUAAAGGUGAGAAGAAAUUCUCCAGAAUAGAUGACAUCUUCACCAGUUUGAAACAGUUAGAAACUGCUUUAAUACGUGCUGGAUUGGAGUCUUCAAAUCUAAUUGUGGGUAUCGAUUUCACUAAGAGCAAUACGUGGACAGGUACGAGAUCAUUUCAUCGAAAAUGCUUGCACUACAUUGGAGAUGGAGGAAUGAACCCAUAUGAACAGGCGAUCUCAAUUAUCGGACAAACAUUGUCUUCUUUUGACGAGGAUAACUUGAUUCCAUGUUUUGGAUUUGGAGAUGCGUCUACACAUGACCAAGAGGUAUUCAGUUUCUACCCAGAUGAACGAAACUGUAUUGGGUUCAAAGAAGUUCUGACAAGAUACAAGGAAAUAGUCCCUCAACUUCGAUUUGCAGGGCCUACGUCGUUUGCUCCAGUAAUCGAGAAGGCCAUGACUAUAGUCGAGCAAAGUGGCGGACAGUACCAUGUUUUACUUAUAAUAGCUGAUGGACAGGUGACUAGAAGCAUGGACACUGAGAAUGGCCUGUUAAGCCCACAGGAGAAGAAAACUGUUGAGGCAAUUGUGAAGGCAAGCGAGUAUCCUUUGUCAAUAGUCUUGGUUGGUGUUGGAGAUGGACCAUGGGAGAUGAUGAAGGAAUUUGACGACAAUAUCCCUGCACGGGCUUUUGACAAUUUCCAGUUUGUGAAUUUUACUGAGAUCAUGUCGAAUAACAUGGAUGGAUUAGGGAAACAAACUGCUUUUGCUAUUGCAGCAUUGAUGAAAGUUCCUUCUCAGUAUAGAGCAACACUUGAGCUUAACUUAUCGGGUGUGAGUAGACCAGGAAAGGGCAUAGAGAGGAUUGCUUUGCCCCCUCCACAAUACAACGGUGGCAGUUAUCGCCCAUCAAAACCUUCAGAGUCUAGUAGCCUCCGUCCACCGACUACACCUUCCAAUGUACGCGAUACAGCUAAUACAGCUGAUAAUAACUCGAGCAGACCCAACACUUAUUCAAAUUUGGAGAACAACCUAUGUCCAGUGUGUCUUUCUUAUCCAAAGAACAUGGCUUUUGGAUGUGGGCAUCAGACUUGCUGUUACUGUAGACAAUUCCUUGAGUCAUGCCCCAUAUGUCGGAGCAGGGAGCAGGGAGCAGGAUAGCAACUCGGAUACGUCUGUACUGAGACAUUGCCAACAUAUUCGGUGAAGGGUCGACCUGAUUUUCUCGUUUUCUUUUGCCUGUACAUAACAAUAUUCCCUCCGCGUUUUGGUCAUUAUUCACAUUUCUUAUAUUGCUUUGAGAUGAUCUUCUUAUCAUACUGUUUAUGUUUGACACACCAGCAUUUCAGGUAGCAAAACCACAUGGUUUGGCUACUUAUCUGUUUAAUGUUUAAUGCAUUUGAUGAUGUUUUUUU